UGGGGAGAGAGUGGGAAGAAAUGGUUACUACUACUAUAUGUUGUCUGUUCCGAACAUGAGAUCACCUGAAACAAGGUUGCUGGGUGGGUCUUACCUUGCUCAAUCCUGUUUUUGGUGCAGCUGCAAAUUCAAUCCCACAGUUUCAUUGUCAGUAGUAUCACGUAAAAUUCAGAAGCCUGCCACAGCACUAACUACCAAGAAAACGAAGCUUAAUUCUUCAGACUCAUUGAAUCAAACAGUUGGUGGGCACAACAAGGAGAAGAAGAAAAGAGUGUUCUUUUUAGAUGUUAAUCUACUCUAUUACGAAGGAAGCAACCCAGCUUGAACUCUUUUCUUCGAUGGCUCUCUCUUUUCCUCUGACCCUGAAUAUAAUUAGGAUCAAUUAGUAUUAUUUAGCAUAUCUGAAUAUUUAUUAUAGAAUAUUAGGUCUUUAUUUUUUCGAUUCUAACACCUAUAAAUACCCUUCUAUAUUAUAUUAUUCAAGACAACUUGAAUAGACAACUUGAAUACACUCAAUAAUAUACAAAUCCUUUUUCCAGUCUCUUGUUUCUAACACCUGUCAUUGCUGUAAGACUCGGUACCAUUCUCUUUCUGCCUUAUAUUUUGGUUCUGCUGUUGCCCCAUUGAAUUGAAUUGGUUGUGGUUUGUUUCAAUAUUUGUAUAUGAUGUUAAAAGUACUUGAACAAAAUUCGUUAAUCCAAUUGUGACAACCCUUUGAGAUUUAUCUCAUGAUUAAGCAGGUUGUUGAUGGAGAAAGAGGUAGUGAGCAUUGUAGACAGUUACUACCUUGUUAUAAAGCACAGAGAACAAAGUUCAUGAGACACUUAUCAUCUUCAGAGACUUUCAAAAGGAUAUGUUGGCAAGUCCUAUCAAGUUAUCAGCGAUGUUUUUUGAAAAUGCAAUGUGCCUAUUAUAAAAGUCGAUGGCCGAUGAUGUUGUGGCGACACUUGCGGGACAAGUUCUCGAUAAAGGAUUUUGAGUGAUGAUAGCCUCCCCUGAUAAGGAUUUCAAGCAGCUCAUCUCUGAAGAUGUGUAAAUAGUUAUGGCAUUGCCAGAGUUAAGAAGGUGGUCCUUCUACACUCUGAAGCACUAUAAAGAUCAGUAUAAUUGUGACCCCCAAUCUGAUCUGAGUCUUAGAUGUAUUGUAGGUGAUGAAGUAGAUGGUGUUCCUGGUAUCCAACACGUGGUCCCUAGUUUUGGUCGAAAGACUGCUGUGAAACUUGUUAAGAAGCAUGCAUCAUUGGAAAAUUUAUUAAGUGCAGCUGCAAUAAGGACUGUGGGCAAACCAUAUGCACAAGAUGCCCUCACAAAGUAUGCCGAUUACUUAGGCCGAAACUAUCAAGUUCUUGCCUUGAAAAGAAGAAUUGACAUGCCAAAAAUUUAAUGUUGCAUAGUUAGAGGGACUCCAAUCUAUGCAAAUGAGAUCAAAGCUGUGUUAAGUUAGCAAAGGGCCAGCUAAACUUCAGUGGAGAAAGAUUGAGUCACAUUGUCUUGCACAAGAUUGAUCCAUUACCACCAUAUCAAUGAACAAUAUUCAAGUAAUAGGGAAGAAUUGGAGGCUAUUAUUUAGACAACACUAAACAGUAAACAUGAUUCAUUGAAGAGUCAAGACAUUUCAAUUUUCAGUGGGUAUUACAUGUUUUUCAGUUUACUUUUUUUUUUUAAUUUAUAUAUAAAGGA